AUGAAAAUGCCCGAGUCGCCGAGGUGGCUUGUAAUGCAAGGUAGGUUAGAAGAGGCCAAGAAAAUCAUGGUUUUGGUAUCCAACACUGAAGUAGAAGCCGAAGAACGCUUCAGAGACAUGUUAACCGCUGCGGAAAUAGACGAUGAUGAUACAGCGGUGAAAGCGGUUGGGGGCGGUAGGAAGAAGAAUCAAGGCAAUAGUGUAUGA